CAUUUUAAUUCAGUUUAGCUCAAAUCAGUUCAUUUGUUUUCAAUAAAUCGGAACAGGGCUACAGUAGAGAGUAGAGUUAAACCCUUAGCACAGUUAGCAGUCCCCACUCACCUUUCUGACUACACUUCUCCAUUUCUUCUUCAACUAUUAGUCUCUUUAAUGGUUCAAAUACAAGAACAAGAAGAAGAUGCAAUUCAACAACAAACAACAAAACCAUAUUCACACUUAAACCCAAAACAAUCCAUAAAAAAUCAAAUGGAAUCUUCAUCUUCCACUUCUCUCUCCUCCCACCAUCUCCCCACCACUUCUCCGGCCGCUCAUUCACCCACCUCUUCUAUCUCUUCCAUUGACUCUGACCACACUUCCCACGCUCUCUCACCCACCAAAGAAACCUUCACUUCCCCUUCUCCAUCUCUACACCCCAUCCCGGCUUUGCCCCCGGCCCAGGUUCAGUCUCUAGUUCCGGUUCAAGGGGCCAGCCGGCUAGCCCGUGACCCACCUGAGAGGGUAACCAAGACUGAACCCGAAGCCGGGACCGGGUUCGCUAGUGAAAAGAUUAGCACAGCUAACAGACAACAACUGCCUGUUUCAAAGAGGGCUAAGAAUGGGAAGCUGGUUAAAAGAGCGGGUUUGGUGUUGCGGUUUUUUGAAUUUGUUUUUUGUUUGGUUUCUUUCUCUGUCAUGGCUGCUGAUAAGAAUCGCGGCUGGGCUCUUGACUCUUUUGAUCGUUACAUCGAAUUCAGGUACGCGAUGUCAGUAAAUGUAAUCGGCUUUGCUUACUCUGGUUUGCAAGGACUUGAUCUGCUUCUCCAAUUGACUACAGGAAAGGAUUCUAGGAGCCAAGUUCGGUAUGCUUUCGAUUUUGCCGGUGAUCAGGUAUUGGCAUAUCUUCUACUAUCAGCCUCAUCUUCGGCUUUUACACGAGUGGAUGACUGGAUUUCCAACUGGGGUAAUGACAAAUUCCCUGCUAUGGCAACUGCGUCAAUUGGAGUAUCUUUCGUUGCUUUCAUUGCCUUUGCCUUUACCUCUAUCAUCUCUGGCUAUUUACUUUGUACUCACAAGUUUACUUAAAACAUGCCAUUUACAAAUAUACUAGUAUUAUUCAUUGUGGAUUAACGCAAUUGAUCUACGUCUUUUUCUUUUUUGUGUACAUGCUAGUUACUUGUAUGUACUUUAAGAUGUAAUGUAUUGUCACUUUUUUCAAGCAUUGUGUUGUACGAAGUAGUAUUAUCUAUUUAAUAAUUAGGAUAUUAUAUUCUCGAA